AUGAGCGAAGAGGAGCAAAAGAACCAUAUUAAAAUCUCCUGGAUAGCCGAGAUGCAUUUCUGGGUAUUGGUCGUAUAUAUAAAACAAAUAAUCAAAAGAACAGACGCGCAGCAACUUGCAUAUAGGAAGGAGCAGAUGAUAUAUAGAGGUAGCAAAACAAAAAAGAAGAAACGGAGUUUAAAAAAACGCAGGAACGAGAUGGUAAGGGGGAAGGGAAGUAUACAUGGCAACAUGAUAUCAAAAUUGGUCAACCAACUCAAGCCAACGGAAGCAAAGGGAUCAAUUUGA